AUGGCGCCGGGCGCACGCUCAGAGGAAGCAUGGCUGUGGCAUACAACAGUCUGUGAGGCGAUACAGGAGGUACCUUAUGGGAAGGUGACAAGUUAUGCGCACAUUGCAAGGCUGGUUGGGAAGCCUCAGUGUCCGAGACAGGUGGGAGUCUGUCUCAAGCAUUUGCCGCCGCCAUCGACGGAUUCGAGCAGGAAGAGCCCAGCCUUUCACAGCGAUAACGUGCCCUGGCAGCGCGUGAUUAACUCUAAAGGCGGCAUCAGCCCAAGAGGGCCAGGCGCAGCAAGCCGGCAGGCUGGUGCUCUGAGGAAAGAAGGGGUGGAGGUAAGCGAAGACAGUAUGGGCCUAUACACGGUUGACUUCAAAACAUAUGGUUGGUUCCCCAACGAGCUCCCAAGCGAAGCGGGCUUGGUAGAGGGUAGUGACGAGGAGGAUGAGGACGCAGCAGCAUACCAUACCUGA